UAUUGUGACCGCUGUUGAAUGGUCUCACCAGAGACAGCACUUAGUCCCUUGGGAAUGGCAUGGCUUGUAGGGUUUAGUAGCUUUAGAACAUGGGGCAGCAGCUUCCACGUUCUGUUCGUUGUUUCUUUUCUGUACGCGCUUGAUUUAGCAGUAAACUUUUUCCAUUCUGGAUAAUUUCCCAUGGGGGGGGGGAAACAAAGCCCCCGCGGUUGUGCAGUGUCUUAGAUCGCACCUUUCCGCAUGCCAGGACGAGAGGCAUGUCUCUCCCCUCUGUUUUGCAAGGCUGUGGUUUGGUCACUUCACUUCAGCCAGCAAAGUGUGUGUGACUCUCGUCUCUUGUCGUCACCAGGCUGACAUGCAAUUGGAUGAACUUAACGUGCUCCGACUCCAGCUGCAGGGGCCCCUCCCCGGGGGAGGUAAAUGUGUCUCCGGGGGGAGAAAAAGGUCCGAGGCGCUGCUGCUCCUGCAGACCGGACCCCCGUUGCCGCCCGCCUCUGUUGGCCCUUCCCCAGGAAGGGAGCAGGCGGCGGCCGGCGCACUUGAUCCGGGGCCGGGGCCGGGGCCGGGGCCGGAGCCGCGCGGCGCGCCCGGGAGAGCGGCGGGCAAAAUGGAGGAUGAGGCAGUGCUGGACAGAGGGGCUUCCUUCCUUAAGCAUGUAUGCGACGACGAAGAAGUGGAAGGCCAUCACACCGUCUACAUCGGGGUCCAUGUGCCUAAGAGCUAUCGGAGAAGGAGACGGCACAGAAGAAAACCUGGGCUAAAGGAGAAGAAGGAAAGAGAAAAAAUCUCUGAGUACUACUCCGACAAAUCCGAUGCAGAAAAUGCGGAUGAGACGAGCAGCGGCAUCCUUAAACCGCUCAUCUCCCCCGCUGCUGAGCGAAUCCGCUUCAUUUUGGGUGAAGAAGAUGACAGCCCUGCACCCCCUCAGCUCUUCACCGAACUGGAUGAGCUUCUGGCUGUUGAUGGACAAGAGAUGGAAUGGAAGGAGACGGCAAGGUGGAUAAAGUUUGAAGAGAAAGUGGAACAGGGCGGAGAGAGAUGGAGCAAGCCUCACGUCGCUACGUUGUCCCUGCACAGCUUGUUUGAACUGAGGACGUGUAUAGAGAAAGGAUCCAUCCUGCUGGAUUUGGAGGCCACUUCUCUCCCUCAGGUAGUGGAGAUGGUUGUUGACAAUCAAAUCGAGACGGGCCUGUUGAAGCUAGACAUGAAGGACAAGGUCACCUACACGCUGCUCAGGAAGCACCGGCACCAGACCAAGAAAUCGAACCUACGCUCUCUGGCUGACAUCGGGAAGACCGUCUCCAGUGCAAGCAGUCCAGCCAUGACCCAUAGAAACCUGACUUCCACCAGUCUGAACGACAUCUCUGACAAACCUGACAAGGAGCAGCUGAAGAAUAAAUUUAUGAAGAAAUUGCCCCGGGAUGCUGAGGCCUCCAAUGUGUUGGUUGGUGAGGUAGACUUCUUGGAAAACCCUUUCAUUGCCUUCGUCCGGCUGCAGCAGGCAGUUAUGCUGGGUGCUUUGACUGAAGUCCCCGUUCCUACCCGAUUUCUAUUCAUUUUGCUGGGUCCGAAGGGAAAAGCUAAGUCCUACCAUGAGAUUGGUCGAUCCAUUGCCACUUUGAUGUCCGAUGAGGUGUUCCAUGACAUUGCCUAUAAAGCCAAAGACAGGCAGGACCUGAUCGCUGGAAUCGAUGAGUUCCUGGAUGAAGUCAUUGUGCUUCCACCUGGGGAGUGGGACCCAGCCAUCAGGAUAGAGCCCCCCAAAUCUCUCCCAUCUUCUGAUAAAAGGAAAAACAUGUAUUCGGGUGGGGAGAAUGUACAGAUGAAUGGAGACACGCCUCAUGAUGGGGGCCAUGGAGGUGGGGGCCACGGCGACACUGAAGAACUACAACGAACUGGCAGAUUUUGUGGUGGUUUAGUCAAAGACAUAAAGAGGAAAAUACCUUUCUUCGCCAGUGACUUCUAUGAUGCUUUAAAUAUCCAAGCUCUUUCAGCCAUUCUCUUCAUCUACCUGGCCACAGUGACCAAUGCUAUCACUUUUGGAGGUCUGCUUGGUGAUGCUACAGACAACAUGCAGGGAGUGCUGGAGAGCUUUCUGGGCACAGCAGUCACUGGAGCGGUCUUUUGCCUUUUUGCUGGUCAGCCACUCACAAUUCUGAGCAGCACAGGACCUGUCCUUGUCUUUGAAAGACUCCUGUUUAAUUUCAGCAAAGACCAUGGAUUUGAUUACUUGGAGUUCCGUCUCUGGAUUGGCUUGUGGUCAGCCCUCCAGUGUCUCAUUCUGGUUGCUACUGAUGCCAGUUUCCUGGUCAAAUACUUCACCCGCUUCACAGAAGAGGGAUUUUCCUCCCUGAUCAGCUUCAUCUUCAUUUAUGAUGCUUUCAAGAAGAUGAUCAAAUUAGCAGACUAUUACCCAAUCAAUUCCAAUUUUAAAGUGGACGAUAUCACAGUUUACUCCUGUGACUGCAUGCCACCAAAGCCAGAUAAUCGUUCAGUAUUGAAUGAGACAAUGGCAGCGUCAGUUGAUUGGCUGACCAGUUCCCCUGCUGAGAAGUACAAUAACACGAUCGCCUGGCCAUCUCUGACAAAGAAGGAGUGCUGGAAAUAUGGAGGCUACCUUGUGGGCAACAGCUGCAACUACGUCCCUGACAUCACCCUCAUGUCUUUUAUCCUCUUCUUUGGCACCUACACCUGCUCCAUGGCUCUGAAGAAAUUCAAAACCAGCCGUUAUUUCCCAACCACUGCCAGGAAGCUCAUCAGUGACUUUGCCAUUAUCUUGUCCAUUCUGAUUUUCUGUGGAAUAGAUGCCCUAGUAGGUGUGGAUACACCGAAACUAAUUGUGCCAAGUGAAUUCAAGCCAACCAGCCCUCAAAGAGGCUGGUUCGUCCCACCCUUUGGAGGGAACCCCUGGUGGGUGUACCUCGCAGCUGCCAUCCCUGCAUUGCUGGUGACCAUUCUCAUCUUCAUGGACCAGCAAAUCACAGCCGUCAUCGUCAACAGGAAAGAGCACAAGCUCAAGAAAGGUGCUGGCUAUCAUCUGGAUUUGUUUUGGGUGGCUGUUCUGAUGAUUAUAUGUUCCUUCAUGGCCCUGCCCUGGUACGUUGCUGCUACUGUGAUCUCCAUUGCCCACAUCGAUAGCUUGAAGAUGGAGACUGAGACCUCAGCACCUGGAGAACAGCCCAAGUUUCUGGGAGUGAGGGAGCAGAGAGUCACUGGAGUCAUUGUAUUCAUUCUCACUGGUGUGUCAGUCUUUAUGGCUCCCAUCUUGAAGUUUAUUCCUAUGCCUGUGCUCUAUGGAGUGUUCCUCUACAUGGGUGUCGCUUCCCUUAAUGGAGUGCAGUUCAUGGAUCGUCUGAAGCUGCUUCUGAUGCCUCUGAAACAUCAGCCUGACUUCAUUUAUCUGCGUCACGUGCCGCUGCGCCGGGUCCACCUGUUCACUUUCCUGCAGGUGGUGUGUCUGGCCCUCCUCUGGAUCCUCAAGUCAACUGUGGCUGCUAUAAUAUUCCCAGUCAUGAUCCUGGCACUUGUGGCGGUCAGAAAAGCCAUGGACUACCUCUUCUCCCAGCAUGACCUCAGUUUCCUUGAUGACGUCAUUCCAGAAAAGGACAAGAAGAAGAAAGAGGAUGAGAAGAAGAAGAAAAAGAAGAAGGGCAGUCUGGAUAGUGACAAUGACGAUGAGAAAAAUCACCAACAUUCCUUGAACGCCAUACAUCGUGCUGAUAAAAUUCCUUUCCUUCAGUCAGACACACUGCCAAGCCCUCCACGAACUCCAGUGAAAGUUGUGCCUCAAAUUAGAAUAGAACUUGAGCCUGAAGACAAUGGUUAUUUCUGGAGGAGCAGGGGAACAGAAACUACUUUGUAACUUUUUUUGUUUGUUCAGUUUUUUUUGUCACCAGCCAAAUAUUAAAAUGCUCUCUGCUGCAUAGGUAAAUGUGAAACACACUAUACCUUGCCUUCUAUCACUCAGACACACACGCAUCUCUCAUUUUUUUAAGCAGAGGGCAGAAGUAUUAAGGAUAUAUUAUAAAUACCUUUGUGAAAUGUCAGAGGAACUGACAUUAUCUUAGUUGUGAAUCAGUGUUUGUUUUUUCUGUCUGGCAGAACAAAACUGACCUCCAGGCUAAUUCAAUGUCUUUACUACACUACUGGACAGUGCUGCUACACUAACUUGCUCUUAAAAGGUACUUCACUCCCAGCACAGACAAACUAGUGCCAGCGUCAUAGCUUGUGUUCUGAAAUGUCCCUUUCCUAUGCAACUUUUUGUUUUAAAACACUUUAAUGGACUUAUCUGUCAGGUACACUGAAGAGUGUUAUUUUCCUAGAUUAUUUUGUUUAAAUUAUGGGGCCUAACCUGCAACUUUUGUCAAUUUUUUUAAACUUUUUUUUAAUUACUGUAAAGAAAAAUGAAUUUUUCCUGCAGCAGGAAACAUAGUUUGGAGUAGUUCUACCUCUUAUUUCUAGAUGCCAGGCUCUCUGUAAAAAUGUAUUGUACAAUAUGUGAUUUUUACAAAAAUUACACAAUCUCCAAGUCAUGGCAUAGGGCUGGAUCAGUUUUAAUAAUAUCUUGCAUCUGAAGCCUCUGUUUGUUAAUUUGUUUUUAAAGACUCUAGCUGUACAUGAAGGUGACAGGAUGUAAGUUAACUCUUGUGUGGUUUAGGAAGAGACUUACAUUUAAUGGCAAUAACUGAUGUGCUGAUUGUAUUAAUUUUGUUGCUUUCCAAUGCAGUAUGGUUAGAAUUAUUUCAUGUACAGACGUGUGUGUGUGUGGCUGUACACAUCUGCAUGUAAUACAGCAUGGACACCAUAAUCAUAUGGUUAAGGGGAAGAUAGUUUUUAAUCUUACUUAUCAGGAUAUAUAUCCAUAACAUUUCCUACUUAGGAAAGCCACCAAUCUGUCUACACUCUGAAUGCAGAUAACUGUACUCCCCCAGAUCCGUUCACCAUUGUGUAUAGAACUUACAGCUUAGAAUCCACAAUGACAAAGAUACCAUUUAGAAUGCAUCUUUUUAAAUAGAUAAAAUAUCCACACGCAUUUGCCUGUUUGUUCAAAAGCAAAGUAGGCAAAGGUCUAUACUUUAAAGAAUAGAGGAUUAAAAAAACCUCAAACCAUUUGGGAAAUUGGGCAUUACACUGAAAUUUAUCCAGCUGACUGUCUGACAAGGUUCCAUUUCUUUGGAUGUGCAUUAAAUGUAGCACACAGUCAAGGCAUCAUUUAUCUUCCCUGGGGGAAAUCAUCCCAGUGCAGGGAUAGGACUUAGUUGGUACUCCGCUAGGGGUCUGCUCCACUUUCAGGGCCUGAUCAACUGCCCAAUUAAGUCAAAGGAAUUUCCACUCCAUUGUUCCUUCAAGGGUCAGGGCCCCACUGUUAGAUGCAUAUCUUUCACCUCCAACCCUCUCUUCUCUUGGGGAAUUUCACUCAGUAAGGAAAUGCUGACCCAGUCGACAGCAUCUUGUUACGGAGACUUGGCACCAGAUAGUACUGUUGCAGGCAGAGACUUUUAUAAGGUCAAGAAAUCUGGGGAUUGGCACUCAACUUUUAUUUGCCCCUCUGGCCCCUAGCCCUUGAUGACAUGCAGCUGCUCAAUCCUGCUCCUGUUGAAAUCUAUGGGGGUCUUGCUGUGGGCUGAGUUUAUUCUUACUGGCUUUAAGGGGCUGGCCUAAUAUUUGAUACCAUAUGCAUUUUAAAAGAAAUUGUACACCCCCACAAGCUACUUUCUAACACUUUGUACCUCAGGGGAAAUGAAACUGCUGCAAGAGGAAUACGGGCCUGCAAAGCUGUAAUGAAAACAACACAGCCCAUCGUAAACAUAAAUGUCAUGAUAGUACGGAGACCUGAUAUGCCAAAUUUUAGCCUCCCAAGCCACACUGCAGGCAUAGUAGAGGGGUUUUUCUCUUGUCCAAAUAUGCUACAGAAGUCUCUGGAAAUGUUAUUUUUAAAUAAAAUGCUGUAUUGAAAGACAUCAGAAAUAUGGACCAUAAUAAUUGCAGCCUGGCCCUAUUGAAGCUACAGCAGUUUGCACCCAUUCACAAACCAGCCCCUUAUUCUCCCACUGUCACUAGUAUUAUUUGAGCGCUACACCUAUAACCCAGCAGUGUAUCAUGUUUAGCAACAAUAUUACACAUAGAAGUGGGGGGAGGGAUGGUAAAUACAUUAAAAAAAAUGCCAAAUACAGCAGCCCACCUUACAUCAGCAUUUAAAAAACAAAUGUACACCCUCCCCAUCCAAUAUCAGAUCUAAAUUCCAGCCCAUGGUCAGUCCAGCUUUAGAGGGACAAAAUAAAGAGUAAUUUGCUGUCACUUGGAAAGUUUGACAAAGGGAAGGAAAUGCAGCCUUUCUUCCUUGGCAGAUCAGCAUACUGUCAACAGUCCAGCCCUGAUUCUCCUAAGUGACAUCUAAACCAGGAAGGGAGUGUAUACUGCCUUCAGCUAACUGGAGGAUGGAUAAUCAGGGUUGUGCUGUGUUAAUUUAAAACAUAAAACACUUUCAUUCCUCUAUAAAAAUCAUAACCCACUAUAAUGUGAAACAACAGAGCCAUGUAUGCAUGUGUAGGAUUUUGGUUUAGAGAAACGCAAAUGUGCUGGCUGAGGAAGGAUUGAAAUUAGUGUUGGACAACAGCAGAUUUUUUUAGAAAAGCACUGAAGGAAGAACGGCUUACAAUGCACCCUCCCGCCCCACACCCCCAACAGCAAAUAUUUACAUUUGCUAUUACCUGGUGAUCCAUCUCCAGCAAAUGAGGUCUUCCACUUUUGAACCACGUUAAAAUGUACUUGAAAUGUAUUGACUGCUGAUUUCUGAUUGAGUUCUUAUGCAGAGAGAGCGACAUUGUUGGGGGAUGGGACCAAAAAAAAUUGGUAUUUUUCUCAUCUAUAUACACACAAUUCUUUUGUGGCAGAAGCCUGGGACUUUUCACGACAGAGCACUAAACUGAAGGGUGGGUUGUUUGUUUCAAACGAACAAAAGACCUGCUUGCUCCAAAAGAUGAAAUGCAGCAAAGUGGCCCUUUGAUAGCCUAUGUAGGGUCUCAUGAAAUAGCAUUUCAUUGCACUUUUUCAGCCUUGUGACAGUAAAUAGCAAUUAUGUCAGAAAAAAAUCAAGGUGGGGGAGAAGGUUUGAGAGUGCUUUUAGGGGCUGAAUCAAAGUCCACUGAAAUCAAUGAGCACCCUUAAUUAGAUGAGCUUCUAACAACAUUUACAAACCUGCUACUCAGGGCUAAUAUUUAAAAAAAAACUGCAGAUAAUUUUGUCCCAGACCUACAAUGUGAAACAACCGGUGAUUGUCUCAUCUUUGUAGCCAUUCCUAUGGCUGAUACAUAUAUGUAUUCAUUACAUUUUUGGAAUCAACACGCACUUUCAGAUACUUCUGUUAUUUUUAAUCCUCUUAAGUCUGUAUUUGCUUUGGAGGAGAGAAUAAAAACUUAUUUUAAAAUGAAGUAGAUAAAGAUGGUGGAACAAAAAGGAAAAAAACAGAAAACAUUUCAAUAUAUUAAUGAUUUUUUCCAGUAAUAUAAAACACGAAAUUCCUUAUAACAGUAUAGUAUUUUACAGUUUUAUGAAGCUUUCUAUUGUGACUUUUAUGGAAUCAAGAGAUGAACAAGAUGAGAUAUUUUAGCAUUUAUAUUUUUCAAAAUUAAAUGUGUACUGAAAAUAAAGUAACUUUAUGCA